AAAGUAAUAUUCAGACCACAAUUGAAUCUCCUAAUAGGAUAUCACGGAGUGGGCGGUCACCUGACUGUGUCGAGUCCACCGGAUGCCAGUCCUAUUGCGACCGCGUUUCCAGAAGCGGGCAAACACUUGGGGUAUCCCAACAUAGACCUGAACGGCCCGAUGAACGCCGGGUUUGCCAUACCUCAGGGCACUAUCAGACGCGGCGCCCGAUGUUCGACGUCUAAAGCCUUCCUCCAGAGUGCCAGAGACCGGCCAAACCUACAUGUCGUGACAUUUGCUUAUGUGACCAAAAUUAUAUUCAAUGAGUUCAAGAGAGCACAGGCCGUUCAGUUCGACCGCUUCUCUCUCACACAUAUAGUGUACGCCCGAAAAGAGAUCAUAUUAUCGGCCGGUUCUAUAAAUACGGCUCAACUUCUAAUGCUGUCCGGAAUCGGACCUAAAGAGCAUUUGGCCGAAAACGGAAUUCCACUUUUAGCUGACCUUCCCGUUGGUCUCAAUCUUCAGGACCAUAUAUAUCCGGGAGGAAUACACUUCACAAUUGACGGCAAAUAUUCAUUAAUUCAGAGACGAAUCGUUUCCAUUCCUAACAUUAUUUCAUACUUUUCUUCCGGAAGAGGUCCAAUGACUACGUUAGGAGGUGUUGAAGGUCUGGGCUUUAUAAAGACAAAGUAUGCCAAUCAGUCGGACGACUACCCGGACUUCGAGAUCCAUAUGUUGAACGGCGGGCCGACGUCUGACGACGGACAGACAUUUCGUCGCGUCCAGGGAUUCAACCGCGAGAUGUGGGAGAAGGUGUACGUGCCUUACCUCCCGUACGACACGUUCAGUCUGUAUCCGGUGCUACUGCGCCCUAAGAGCAUAGGCUACAUAAAACUGCGCUCAUCCAACCCAUACGACCCGCCAAUAAUUGAUCCCAAAUAUCUGACACAUCCGGAAGACAUCCUGGGAAUGGUUGACGCCAUGAAGAUCUCUAUAGCCGUGGGUUUGACGCCUCCCUAUCAGGAAAUGAAGGCCCAGUUAUUCACGACAGUGUUUCCCGGCUGUGAGAUCUACAAGAUGUGGAGCGACGAGUACUUGGCCUGUGUUGCCCGCACCUACACGGCCACUAUCUACCAUCCCGUGGGCACUGCCAAAAUGGGUCCGCCGUGGGAUCCGACAGCUGUGGUCGACCCCGAGCUUAGAGUACUGGGAGGCGUGAAGGGUCUGCGAGUGGUUGACGGCUCUAUUAUGCCAAAGUUGGUGUCCGGCAAUACUAACGCUCCCAUUAUUAUGAUCGCCGAAAAGGCCGCAGACAUUAUCAAAGGGGUUCAGUUGCCCGCAGUCAGGCCCACACCUCAUGAGCCCUCCGAUAGCUUUUUCGACAAUUUUAACUUAUUGGGCAAAAAGAGGUGAUGAGACGGAUCCAUUAGUCUUAGAAUUUUCAUUACAACACUUGUUUAUUCAUUACACAAAUUCUGUUCAUUUCGGUUGUUUUUAAUUUCUUUUUAUUAUUCAAUGAAUUUUACUUUUGUUUCAAUUCUUUCUCAUUCUUCUCAAUUGAAUUCUUAAUUUUUUUCAGACAAAGUAAAGAGUUUUUAAAGUUUUAUCAAACAUUUAUAUAAUAUCAAAUCAACAGGGUCUGCCUGAAAAUGCAUUUCAUUGUUUGUAUAUCUCUUAGAUUUAUUUAAUUAUUGAUUGUUAUAGAGUUCUAUUCAUUCAAUUUAUAUUUAUUUCCAUUAAAAUACUGAAUUUUAAAAAUAUUUUCCCAACAAAUAUGAUUAAAACAUUAAUUUGAACACAGGUUACACAC